AUGCAGGAGACUUGUUGUCCGGGAGAUUAUCAAUAUUGCGCCUGCAACAGUAACCACAACAUGCAGGAAUACACAGAAAAACCAGCAAGUGGUGCCAAGUCCCAGUUUCAACCUGGGCAUUGCAUCCCGAUCCAACACCAUAGAAAGCCAGGCCUACAAUCAGAACUGGAGGAUCCAAAGCCUGUGUCUACCCGUAUACCAACUGAUGAUAACGGGUAUCAGACGUACAAAGCAGCUGGGAAAUUAGCUGGGAAAAGAGCGAUCAUCACAGGUGGCGACUCCGGGAUUGGUCGCGCAGUUGCCAUUCUGUUUGCCAUGGAAGGGGCAUCUAGCCUAAUUGUCUAUCUGCCAGAUGAAGAGAGCGAUGCCCAGGAAACAAAGAGAAGAGUGCAGGAGAUUGGCAAAGAAUGUCACUGCCUAGCAAUCGAUUUACGCAAAAAGGAAAAUUGUCGGAAAGUGGUUGAUGUUGCCCUUCAAUAUAUGGGUGGUGUUGACGUCCUAGUAAACAAUGCUGCAUUUCAACAUAUGGUCCAGGACAUCAGUGAGCUAGAUGAGGCUCAAUGGGAACGAACCUUCGAUACGAAUAUCCAUCCUUUCUUUUAUCUGGCGAAGUACACUCUUCCUCAUAUGCGGAGCGGUUCAACAAUCAUAAAUUGUUCAUCGGUAAAUCACUACAUUGGUCGAUCUGAUCUGCUCGAUUACACAUCCACAAAGGGUGCAAUUGUUGCGUUUACUCGAGCAUUGUCCAAUCAACAGAUUGGAAAAGGUAUUCGCGUUAACUGCGUGUGUCCAGGUCCAAUAUGGACUCCCCUGAUACCUUCAACUAUGACUACCUCGGCAAUGGAGCAAUUCAGCUCUGUCCCCAUGGGCCGUCCAGGCCAACCCAGCGAAGUUGCUACCUGCUUUGUUUUCCUUGCAAGCCACGAUAGCAGCUACAUUUCUGGGCAAUGCCUGCAUCCCAAUGGAGGUGUCAUAAUUAAUGGCUAA